CGCCGACGAGAAAGGCCGGUUUUGGAAGCGGUGCUGCAUGACCUCGCAUGCUCGUGCAGCCGAAGCCGUUGGUCGCGCGUGGCGCAGCGCCGCCAGCCACAGCUCGGCCAAAGAAGGCGCGAUCAAGCCUGCCGAGUCUUUCAUCGCGCAAGCCAGCAAACCAGAAGAAGAAGACGACGGCCCAAGCGCCAUUGUCGCCGACACCGUUGCCCGAAACGGUGCGCGAGAUGGCGACGCGGCUCCUCGCUGCACCAGCACAAGGCGGUGACAGCUGCGGCAGCGCUAAGGUGCGCUUCAACCACUACAACAAGCCGUUUCCGAUCCACAACGGCGUGUUGCAGUGGAAGGACGUCGAUGACGCCUACUGCUUCUCGUUCGUGUACCGCGGUGCGUACAUGCGCGAAGUGCAGACGCUCUUCACCAAGGUCGUCAUGCGCCGCGAUGCGAUCGGCGAUGUCUUUGUCGGUCUCGUCUGCACCGAGCAGUACGAAGUCGUCGUCGAGGAAGACCCGGUCGCCGGCGUCGGUGCACCAGGGCUGCGCAUCAGCGCCACACCGUUCGUGGCGUCGUCGCACGAACUGCCAGUCCGCAGUGGCAACCGCGCAACAAAGCUGCUCACAGACGAGCUGCGCCAGAUGGCGCCCGCCGAGCUCGGCUCGGAGAAGGCGCGGGAUCUCCUGCAGCGGCGUGACCUCGAAGACGUCUUGUUUGCUUGAGCUAACGGGUCGCAGGGUCAACCACAAACAACGACGAG